CGGCGUGUAGCCUUCCAAGGCUCCUUCCGCGGGUUGGCAGCGGAUGGGACGCCCCUCGGCUGGUCCUUGGCCCGCUAUCCUGCGGCUCCGGUGGGCGCCGGCCGGCCGCCGGGGAUCUGGGCCGGUCGUGGGGGCACUUCCUCGAAAGCGUGGGUUUUCAUGCCCCGGGCGCGGCCGCGGCGGGCCGUCACCUAGGUUCUUGAAGACGGCACUUGACGGUCUGCUUCACUAUUGAAUGUACUAGAACAGAGCAGGUGCUUGGUAAUCCUGGAGGCCCAAGCGGUCCUUAGACCGGCAGAAUGAAGGACUGGCACGGGAUUUUUGAGCAAAAUAUGCUGGUCCCUCUCCACCCACAGAGAGCACGCCAACCUUUAAAGGAAUCGACAGCAUUUCAGUGUGUCCUGAAGUGGCUUGAUGGGCCACUAAUUAAGCAGGGAGUGCUGGACGCGCUGUUGGAUGCAGGCUGCCACCUGCGAGUGUCUCUCUUUGAUGUCUCCUACCGCCACUUCUUUGGGAGGACGUGGAAGAGCACAGUGAGGCCAGCAGAGCAGCUCUCCCGGCAGCCGCCCCGGGUCGUCUUCAAUGAGUCCUUGUAUUUUCACACGUCCUUAAACCACCCUAACAUCGUGGCUGUGGUUGAAGUUGUCACCGAGGGCAGAAAGCGGGAUGGGACCCUCCAAACUUUGUCUUGUGGGUUUGGAAUUCUUCGGAUCUUCAGCAACAACCCGGAAUCUCCUACCUCUGCCUCCCAGGACAAACGGUUGAGACUGUAUCAUGGCACCCCCAGAGCUCUGCUGCACCCGCUUCUCCAGGAUCCCAUAGAACAAAACAAGCACAUGACCCUCAUGGAGAACUGCAGCCUGCAGUAUACCCUGAAGCCACACCCGCUCCUGGAGCCUGCCUUCCACCUUCUUCCCGAGAACCUUCUGGUGUCUGGUCUGCAGCAGAUACCUGGCCUCCUGGAAGCUCACGGAGAAAAUGGAGAUGCCCUCCGCAAGCCUCGCCUCCAGAAGUCUGUCACAUGGCACUUGGAUGACGUGUUCUUCACGCUGUACCCUUCCCUUGAGAGAUUUGAGCAGGAGCUUCUGGAGCUGCUCACCAACGAUCACUUCCGGGAGGGGGACGGCCUGCCGGACGGCAGCGCUCUGGACAUCCUGGAGCGGCGCCUGUGUGUGGGUGUGCACAACGGUCUGGGCUUUGUGCAGAGGCCGCAGGUGGUGGUGCUCGUGCCCGAGAUGGCAGUGGCCUUGACGCGCUCUGCCAGCUUCAGCAGGAAAGUUGGCUCCUCUUCGAAGGCCAGCCCUGGGAACCAGGCUCUGGUUCUGAGAAGCCGCCUCCGACUGCCCGAGAUGGUCUGCCACCCCGCGUUCGCCGUCGUCUUCCAGCUGGAGUACGCGUUCAGCAGCCCGUCAGGAGUGGGCAGCAACGCGGCUUUGGUCACCUCUCCGUCCAGCGUGGCAUGUAUGCACACGGUCCGCUGGGCUGUUUGGAACCCCUCGCUGGAAGCCAGCUCUGGGAGGGUGACCUUACCUCUGCAGGGUGGGACCCGGCCCAACCCCUCCCGCUGUCUGGUCUACAAGGUGCCCCCGGCUGGCAUGAGCUCUGAAGAGGUGAAGCAGGUGGAGUCGGGGACAGUCCAGUUCCAGUACUCGCUGAGCUCUGAAGGACACCUGGACACACCCACAGGGGAUGUCAGCAGCCCCAAGGCACGGCGGCCCUCUGGGAAGCCACCCACGUCCCCUUCAAGCCCACCAGCGUCAUCCCCCCAGGGGCAUGCCGUCCUCCAGGACUCGCCUGUGGGACCAGGGCUGUCACUUUCCCAGCUGGCGGCCUCCCCUCGGUCCCCAGCUCAACGCCACUCCAGGCGCCCCUCCCAGCAGCCCCUCGGCUCUGAGCCCGCCCCGGCCCAGGCGGUGUUCCCUGUGGAGGGCAGGCUGUCUCACCUGGAAGUUGACCUGAGCCACACGCCCUUGGUCCCGGGAACGUGUGUGGCCGAGCAGUUGCAGGAGCUGCCAUUCACACCUAUGCAUGCCCCGAUCAUCGCGGGAACCCAGACCAGGAGCUCUGGAAGGAAGCCCUCACGAGCCUCAAUGGUGCUCCUGCAGUCCUCUGGCUUUCCUGAGAUUCUGGAUGCCAAUAAGCAACCAGCCGAGGCUGUAAAUCCUGCAGAUCUUGUGAAAUUCAACCCUCAAAAGGAAGAGUCAGAUCGUCUACAAAGCAAUGAAAUUGUGCUGCAGUUUCUUGCCUUUAGCAGAGUGCCCCAGGACAGCUGGGCAGCGCCGUGGCCGCACACCGUGUACUUCACCUUCCAGUUCUACCGCUUCCCGCCCACGGUCACGCCGCGGCUGCAGCUGGUGGAGCUGGACGCGGCGGGGAAGGCCGGCUCGGGCGCCCUGUUGCGUCUCCUCGUGCCGAUUGACAAGGAUGGCUCCUGUGAUGGCGGUUCUGCUGGCUUUCAACUGAAGUACCUGGUGGAUCCUGGAUUCCUGAAGCCCGGAGAGCAGCGCUGGUUCGCCCGCUACCUGGCAGCGCAGACCCUACAGAUCGACGUGUGGGAUGGGGACUCGCUGCUUCUCAUCGGGUCUGCAGCCGUCCCGAUGAAGCAUCUCCUCCGCCAGGGGCGGCCAGCCGUGCAGGUCUCAUAUGAGCUCGAGGUCGUGGCGACUGAGUAUGAGCAGGACACAAUGGUGCUGAGUGGAGACGUGACCCCGUUUGGCAGUGUCAAGCCCAUCGGCGUGUACACGGUGGUGAAGGGCCGGUUGCAUCUGACCUUGGCCAAUGUGGGUCACAUGUGUGAACAGAGAGGGAGAAAUUCCAGCUCGUUGCCACCUUCCAGGUCACGGGUCAUCUCGAAUGAUGGAGACAGCCGCUUCGAGGGAGGCAGCCUGCUCACUCGUGGGGGCCCUAGAUCAGCAAAAAAUGUGGUCCAAGCGCAGAAGCUGGCAGAUGUGGAUAGUGAGCUGGCCGCCAUGCUGUUCACCCACACCCAUCUGGGGAGCAAGGGGCCCCCGGGUGCCGGCCGCGAGGUGGAUGCUGUCCGCAGGCGCAAGCUGGAGCGGAUGAGGUCCGUGCGCCUGCAGGAGGCCAGAGGGGAGCUCGGCUGCCGGAGGACCAGCGUGGUGGCCCAGCAGAGCAUCUGUGCACAGCACUCGAGGGGGCUGCAGGUCAUCGCUGCCUACCGGGAGCGCACGAAGGCUGAGAACAUCGCCAGGGUGCUGAGCCUGGCCAUCACCAAGGAGCACACGGUCUAUGCCACGCUGGGCACCGCCGAGUUCUUCGAGUUCGAGCUCAGGAACCCCCACAACACACAGCACACAGUGACCAUUGAGAUGGACAACCCCGAGCUCAGGUGGGAGCUCCAGGCGGCCCGGCCUGGCCCCCAGCCGCCACUGGGUUGGUGGCAGAUGACUCGGUUCUGCCUGAAAGCUAAGCCCAUCUUGUCCCUCAAGGGUCCUGCCCACUCUGCUCCUACCCACGCUCCUAAGUGCCCCUCUCUGGGGGUUGGGGGGGCCCGUCCCCUCAGGGGCCUUCCUGGCGAGAGCGUUCCUGCCUCAGUGCUGCGUCCCCUGCCCCCCAGCAUCGUCGUGGACAGCCAGGAGUGGCGGUACUUCAAGGAGGCGGCCAACCUGCACACGCCGGUAGAGGAGGGCAUGUUCCACCUGCAGGGCGGCCUCGCCCCCCGGCUCUUCCUGCGCCCCAGGGAGACUGCCCACAUCCCCUUCAAAUACCAGACCUUCUCUGCGGGUCAGGGCUCCGCCGAGCUGAGGUGUGGGAAGGGUGCAGACGUCGGGUCACCUGGGAAGCCCACUGCAGCGCCCACGAAGCAUGCCAAGGUCUUGUUCUGCGGGAGCGGUGGCAAGCCCAUGGCUGUGCUCUGCCUGACGGUGGAACCCCAGCCCCACGUGGUGGACCAGGUCUUCCGCUUCUAUCACCCAGAGCUCACCUUCCUGAAGAAGGCCAUCCGCCUGCCUCCCUGGCACACGCUUCCAGGUGUUCCAGUGGGCACACCCGGCUCAGAGCCCCCGGUCCACGUCCGAUGCAGCGACCCAAAUGUCAUUUGUGAGACCCACAGUGUGGGCCCCGGGGAGCCGCGGGACGUGUUCCUGAAGGUGGCUAGUGGUCCCAGCCCAGAGAUCAAAGACUUCUUCAUCACCAUUUACACGGACCGCUGGCUGGCAACACCCCUCCAGAUAUGGCAGGUCCACCUGCACUCCCUGCAGCGUGUGGAUGUCGCCUGUGUCACAGGCCAGUGGACCCGCCUGUCCCUCGUCCUCCGGGGGACACAGGCAGUUAGGAAAGUGAGAGCGUUCACCUCACACCCCCAGGAGCUGACGACGGACCCCAAGGGCGUCUUUGUGCUGCCCCCCCACGGGGUGCAGGACCUGCACGUGGGCGUGCGGCCACUCAGGGCGGGCAGCCGGUUCCUCCACCUCAACCUGGUCGACGUGGACUUUCACCAGCUGGUGGCCUCGUGGCUCGUGUGCCUUUCCUGCCGCCUGCCUCUCAUUUCCAAGGCCUUUGAGAUCCAGCUGGCCGCCGGGGAAGGUCAGGGCGCCAACAAGCGGAUCACCUACACCAACCCCUACCCCACCCGGAGGACCUUCCACCUGCACAGUGACCACCCCGACCUGCUGCAGUUCAAGGAGGACUCCUUCCAGGUUGAGGGGGGAGAGACCUACACUAUUGGCCUGCGGUUUGCACCGUGUCAGAGAGCUGGGGUGAAGGAGAUUCUGAUCUACAUCAACGACCACGAAGACAAAAAUGAAGAAACGUUUUGUGUGAAGGUCACUUACCAGUGAUGGCGCAGCCUCUGGGGGCCAGCCGGUCUCUGCAGCUGCCUGGGGACAGCUCGCGGCUUGGAGCUCAUGUGCUCACGCUGUGGACCCUCGUCCCCUCAGAUGCCCGCCUGGGUGACCCCCGGACUUGGCCGAGGGGGGAGGGGCUCACUGCGCCUCAGUCCCGCAUCCAGAUGGGGUGCUGCUGGACCCCACGUAGCGGGAACAGGUGCCUGGCGUACAGGAGCCCGUUUCUCUCUGCUGCACAAAAGGGACUCACUGUCUAUGACGUUUUGAUUUGCUUUUAGCAAAAUAUAUUUUAUGAAUCAUCUUAAAUGAUAAAAUUAUAUCUCACUGGA